AUGGGUCAGAUUCCGCCCGGCAUCACGGUUUACAACCUGCCAACCGCUCCCCCUAUUUGGGACAAAUUGGGAAUCUUCUACAUCACAUGGGCAGUAGCAUGGACUACGCUGGUAUUCAGCGGCAUGGCCUUCUGCUGGAUCAACCGCAAGAGUCCCAUCCUCAAGAUCCGAGGCCUGCCGCUCUCCUUUGGCGCCAUCAUCCUCCUUCACUCAUACUGGAUCCUCGCCCAGAUUACCUACCCCAUUGCGCACACCAUGCCGCUUGUCCUAGCCUAUGACAUCCAGUUCUUCUUCAUGGGCAUAUACUUUCCCCUCGGCAUCGCACUCUUCCACGCCUCCAACCUGCGAUUCCUGCACGUUGCCAAACUUCAGAAGCAGUUCACCCACCCGGACCUUCUUCGCCCAAAAACCCGGGGGUGCGACGGGGCCAAGACUUCGUUGCUGUGCCGGCUAAGGAACAUGGCAUACACUAAGCGCAUCAUGUCCUUCAUCAGCAUCGGCAUGGUUCUGCUCACAGUGGCUUGCUGGUUUGCUGUCAAAAAGUAUCAUCCCACCUACGGUCUGCCUGGUACGGAAAUGAAGAGCACAACGCUGCCUGAGCAGGUUGCUGAACUUGGUCGUGGGUGGGAGUGGUGGCCCUCACUGGGUUGGCAGUUCAUCUGGACUUGGAUUGUUGCACCCAUCCUAAUAUACAGAGCCUGGAGUAUCCGCGAUACCCUAGGCUGGCGCGCCCAAACCAUUGGUUGCUGUCUUUCGAGCCUACACGCCACUCCCAUGUUUCUCAUUGCUUCCUAUGUUCCCGCCUUCGACCAAGUGAACAUGUACUUCUCUCAAAGCCAGUGGAUUCAUCUGUCCAUCAUGAUGUUUGAGAUCUUCACUGUUUUCGUCCCUGUCGUACAGGUGAUCCGGCUCUGGAUGCUGAACAAGUGGGCGGCCGACAUCAACGCAAAGUGGGAGACGGAAUCGCAAGCCUCGACACUUCGAUCGUCUUCGGCCCUCAGUAUGGCUGAGAGGGGAAAGACCAUGGACUUUUCUGAUAGUGAGAUGGGCGACCGCGUCACCACCAUGAAGGCACUCGAGCAUGUCUUGGCUGAGAACCCUGCCCCUCUACUAGAGUUCUCUGCGCACAACGACUUCUCUGGCGAGAAUAUUGCGUUCCUCACCCGCGCUGAUCGCUGGAGGACCACCUGGUCGGCGGAGAAACAGACUGAUGACUGGAAAAUUCAAGUCUACAACGCCGCCCUCGAUAUUUAUACCGAAUUCAUCAGCCCGUUGGAUGCCGAGUUCCCCCUGAACUUGCCAUCCGCCGACCUGAAGAAGAUGCAGAGCGUCUUUGAGAAGCCUGCUCGCAUUCUGCGUGGCGUUCCUACCUCCAACCCGGCCACUCCUUUCGACUUUGAAGGCCCUCUGCAGCAUAAUCGCAGUGGCUCCGAGACAGACGAGACAUCAACUCAAGCGCAGUACACCGGGGACAUUCCGACCGAGUUUAACGAGACCAUCUUCGAUACCGUCCAGAGCCACAUCAAAUACCUAGUCUUCACAAACACUUGGCCCAAGUUCAUUUCAGAGAUGCAGUCGCGCAGAAAGUCUGAAGACACAAGUCCAAGUAUUUUCACUGCCGCUUCCAAGACAACUAUCGGCAGUCGCAUUUCCAGCAAAAUUUCCAGUAUUAUAUCUCUCGUUUUCUGA